AGGAAGUGUUUCCUGUAUGGAGGUCUCUUCUUGAGGAGUGCUCUGUAGCCAGAGGUCCUCAUCACCAGUUAGAUACCAGUUAGAUGAGUCAACCUUUUUCCUAUGAGCUGAAAUCCAACAAUUGAAGGUAUCUUUUUCAGGGUGAAGUUUCAGUAUCUUCAUGUCAGUGAAGAGCAGGAUACCUCUCAUUCUUCUAGCUUGUGGCUCCUUUAAUCCCAUCACAAAUAUGCAUAUGCGUUUAUUUGAGCUGGCUAGAGAUCACCUGCAUCAAACAGGACUAGAAACAAUGGCUUAUGGAAUUUCCUUUUCCUGCUGUCAUAACUCCUUCAGGUGCCCAAGUGUGCAAAGAGGCAAAAGGCAAGGAAGAUACCAAGUGAUUGAAGGCAUAAUGUCUCCUGUCAAUGAUGACUACAGAAAAAAAGGCUUGGUUUCAGCAAGGCAUCGGAUAGCAAUGGCCAAGCUAGCACUGGAGACAUCUGACUGGAUUCGAGUUGAUCCAUGGGAGACUGAGCAGGAGUCAUGGACAGAGACAGUAAAAGUGUUAAGGCACCAUUACAAUGAGCUCCAGUCCAAGAAGGAAUUCAUGAAAAACAAACAGCCCACAGAAAGAUCUACAGAGAAUUUCCUUUCUUCCCAGUGCUCAGCUCUACCAGAACUAAAGCUCCUCUGUGGGGCUGAUUUUCUGCAGACAUUUCAGACACCCAAUCUCUGGAAGAAAGAGCACAUCCAAGAAAUCUUAGAACAGUUUGGUUUGGUCUGUAUAAGCCGUGCUGGCUCUGAUCCUGCUCAGUAUAUCAAUGAAUCAGAACUUCUAACUAAAUUUCAGCACAAUAUCUUUCUAGUGAAAGAAUGGAUUCAGAAUGAAAUCAGUUCAACACAGAUACGCUAUGCCUUGUCCAGAGGAUUAAGUGUAAAAUACCUCAUACCAGAUUCUGUCAUAGCCUACAUUGCUUACCAUAAUAUCUACACAGAAGAAAGUGAACAGAAGAAUGAAGGUGACUUGCUUCAGCCUCUGAAAUUGCAUAAUACAGCGGUAAGCCCAUAGUUUGUGAAAUGGACAAACGUGGCCUUUUCUUCAUGAGAAGCUCUUGAAAGAUGUUUCUUCUUGAUAAAGGGGAAAUAUAUCAGCCCAGAACUUCCUGAGUUUUAAUUUUUUUUUUUGCAUGCUGUAGUGCUUCAUAAAAUCAGCACAGUCAGUUGAAUACCGUAAAAGCAGAAAUAUGGUUUUAGCAAUAAAUAAUAAACUUCAGUAACGUUUGAAGGUUGAACAUUGUACUUUCCAUAUUUGGAAUUCCUUAAUCCUAUGGACAGUUUAAGGAUGAAGAUGUCUUAUUGUUCUGAAGCAGCAAAUUGAAAUGAACAGUAACUUCCCUAUUUUUCUUAAAAAUAAAAAAACUCCUAAAUGUUGACUUCUUAGGACCCCAAAUUUCUGUUUCUAAAGAGUGUAAGGUAAGCUACAAGUGCAUUUAUUUGGCAGAUAAGAGAAGUUGAAAUAAAGCAAGUGCUUUAAAAAUUAAUGCACCGUUCAUAUCAGUUUUAAGCCUCCUGAUUUACAAAUGAAAGACAGUCUCUGUACCACUACGUGAAGUGGAUUUCUUUGUUUCUCUGAUACGGAGUCUAUAGCGUGUUAUCUAUUCCAGAGCCUUGUUGAUCAUGUAUCCUAGAGGACUGUAGAACAUUAACCCUCUUUUUAAGCAAGUAAAAAAAAAAAAA